AUGCGAAUCUUUUUGUUGUUUUUUGUUUGCUUCAUAUUAGGAGGACCUACAGAAUGUGGAAAGGUAACCUUGGUGAUGUUAGAAACUUCUACUAUACGAAUUUUUUAUAGAUUGUGGCAGAUCUUGAGAAAACCAAUAUAACUGUCAAAUGGUUUACUAGCUUUGAAAAUCAGGCAGUUGAAUUUUCAAUAUGGUAUGGAUUUCCAACCCCAGCUGUUAUUUUUAUUGGAUUUUCGGACCAUGGUGAUGUCAAUAAUACAGAUGGUAUCUUGUUUUAUCCAAAAUAUGAGAAAGUUGAGGUAAAUUUUAUUUUUUUUUCCCUAUGUAUUUGAAAAAAUUGUUCAAUUUUUUCCAGGAUGUUUGGAUUGAUCGGAAUUAUCAUUUGCAAUCUGAUUGGUCCCAAGACAUCAAUGUUCUUCGCGUAACCCGUUCUCAUUUUGUUUUCCGCCGCAAACUUGUGACAUGUGAUCCGAAAGAUUAUGCAUUCCAAGCUGGAACAACAGAAUUCCUUGUUGCUGCAAAUUGGAAGAGUGAGAGAGUUGGAAAUAUGCAAAGCAAUGAUUGGAAAUGGGAUAAGAAAUUUGAUUUGGUUGUUGAGAAACAAGAAUCAAGAACUAUCCAAGAAGAGACGAUUGGCGAAGAAGUAGAUUCAAAAGUUGUUUUGGUCAACUCAAAUAGUAAAGAGCCGGUGAGUUAAUAUCACUUAAAAAAAUAUAAAUUACUAGCAUCUGACUAGGUUAAAUUAUUUUAACAAAUAUUAUUCAUUGACACAUUUUUUGAUAAUCAAACUCAAACUUUCUUCCUAUUUGAACCGGUGGAAUGAUCUAUGUCUGUGAAAAUUAUUUUGAUGAACUCUUGUUUUCCGAUCUGUUAAUUUCCGUUUGUACUAAUUGCUUUCACAAAACCAGGACUGCAUUAAAACAUAGAUUAGCAUUUCAUGAGAUAUAUGAUAUCAUUCCAUAAAUCUGAAAUUACAAAAAUUAGAACAAACUUUCUUGCAUAGUUACCUUUGAUGGCCGCUUUGUAUUCUGUAAUAACAUACAUAACGAUACAUGAGUCAAUAGCUGGAUACAAAUAAAAUAGACAGAAGAUAUUUGUUGAAGUAACACUCAAUUUGAUACCAAUAAAUGGUGCAUAAAUAAUAAGCAAUACAGGUAAGAAAAUGAAUAAUGUAGGAAUUGUUACUUGAAGAAUAAGAGUUCUAAAAAGUUGGCGAUGUAGUUUAUAAAGAGCUGAAGAGUAUUUGAAUUUUUGCUUGUUGAGUUUCCGAUGAAUUUUGAUACCGCAGAAUAUUAUAAUAUAGUUUUGAAAAAACUGAAAACACAUAUUAGUUUUGUUCGUGUAAAAAGAAAAAUUACCAUGACCAAUGUGAUGAUAAUUGUAAAACAGAUACCGUCCCAUCUAUAUUUUGUAUCAUAAAUGAUAAAUGAAAACGCAGCUAUCUCAUCAAUAAUAACACCGUAGUAAUUCAUGAAAUCGUAAUUCGUGUAGUCUCUCGUGAAAUCAUCAAUGUCUCCAAGUAAUGUGAGAACUACAAAACAUAUAAUUCCAAAAAAUAGAACAUAUAUUAACCAAAAAGUCAAUUUUUUUCCUUGAAAAUAGAACAAUUGCUCGGGUUUUGCGACAGAGAAAUAACGGUGAAUAAACAUGACGGCUAACAUAGAUGUUGAAGAUACAAAGAUGCUGCCAGAAGUUACAAGGACAUAUCUGAUAAUAUUGAUUGGAAUGUAGGAUGAUCGUGUCAGUGUAAAAUAUAUAAAUCCAGAUUGAAACGAAUGUAUCAUCUUGAAGUCAAUUUUUAUGUAUUUCAUGACUAGGUUUUUUCAAACUCACUGGAGAGAUUAGGAAACCAGUAACGUCGUAAGAAAUACCCAACAUCGAAAAAAUAAUGAUCAAGUAUUUAUACAUUCCAAACUUCUUAUUGAUAUACCAUAUGGUUAGAACGAUCAAUAAUACAUUGAUGAAUGUGGUGAACAAGAAACUAGUCAAUGAGAUAUAUCGAUACACAUUGAGAAAAAUUGAAUUCAUUUUAAUUUUUUAAAAUCUUGAGAAGAUCACAGGUGGAAGAAUUGACACUGCUAAUGUAAUCUGAAAUUAUUACAUAAAUCACACAAAAAUCAUUAUCAAAGACCAAAUAAAAGGAAAAUAUAGAAAUAUUUUUUAUAUUAAAAAAGGAAAUUAGAACUAUUGUACUACAAGAUAGUACUUUUAUUUAUCAAAAUUAUGGACUGUCUGAUAUUAUUGCAUUAAAUUAGUGAAAAUAAUAGAUUAACCGGUUCAGAAAAUCCACCGGUUCAGAAAAACAGAAAAGUUUUCAUUUUUCCUUCUCGCUAAUGAAUCCCAAGACAAUAAGAACAAUCGAUUUCUCAAAUAUGUCUGACAAGUACAUAAAUUGUGCUCUGAUUUCAGUUGAGAACAUUCUAACUUUUAAAAAACCAUGUUAGCGAAAUUCAAAUUUUUUCAAAAAAAAAAGUCAUCGGGGGUCAGACAUUAUCACAAUGUUUUAACAACUACCAAAGGUUUCAGAAAUCAGAAAACCAAUCAAGAGAAUGUUAAACAAAAUACAGCUUUCAAUUAUUUUAUUGAUUUCAAAACAAUUGUUGUUUGAUUUUCUAGUGUGUACCAAAACCAAGAGUUCGCUUCCAUCGAAGAACAAUUCUCAAAGGAUUUUAAAAACAAUGUGACAUCAACCUGCUAAUUUUCAAAAAUAAAAAUAAACCGUUUUCAGCUUCCUGGAGUCGAAACAACCUACAAAUGCAUAAUCCGUCGGAUGCCUUUCAGCACUCAAAAACGCAAGUUUCACAUUAUUCGAAUGGAACCAUUUGUCGCAAAAGGAAAUGAGCAUCUAGUUCAUCAUAUGGAAGUGUUCUUGUGCCGUGACGAAGUCGAAGAAUGGAAUGGCGAUUGUAAUGAUCCACAAAAACCCAAAAAAUCAUCCACUUGCAGUCACGUUAUUGCGGCGUGGGCGAUGGGUGAAGGAGUAAGAGAAUAAUACGCUUGAGAAAAAAAACUAUUUUUCAAUUUUGCAGCCAAUCGUUUAUCCAUCUGAAGCUGGAUUACCAUUUGGUGGAAAUGGUCAAGAUGAAUAUGUGAUGGUUGAGAUUCAUUACAAUAAUGUGGAAAAAUUGACUGGUGUUAUGGAUAAUUCGGGAUUUCAAUUUACAGUUACUGAAAAUCUCCGAAAAUAUGAUGCUGCUAUUAUGGAACUUGGUUUAAUUUACUCUGAUGCAAAUUCAAUCCCACCUGGUCAAAAAGCGUUUCCGAUUAGUGGAUAUUGCCCAUCGCAAUGUACAAGAUUUGUAAGCUAGAUCACUAAUUUAUAGUUUCCGAUACAAUUGAUUUUCCAGUUACCAGAAGGUGGAAUCAAUAUUUUUGGAAGCCAAUUGCAUGCGCAUCUUACGGGAAGAAAAUUGUGGACCAGCCAUUAUAGAAAUGGUAAGUGGUCAAGAUGAAGAUACAUAUACAUGAGUUUUGAUAUUAGGCGUGAAGAUUGGUGAGAUCAAUCGAGAUGAUCAUUAUUCUCCACAUUGGCAACAUCUUCAAGAAAUUAAACCAUACAUUAAUGUUCAACCAGUAAGUUUAUUAAGGAAAACAAAUUUUAAAAAUCGAUCCUUCAAUUUUUUUGCCGGAUUUAUGAAAUCGAAAGAUCAAAAAUAUUAGCUUUUGUGGAUCUUCGUAGUUUUUUGAAAUCCCCUGAAGUAAAUUUGAAAUUUUGACAAAAUAAUAAAACCCUGGUUCACUAUCCUUUUUAUCCAGGGUGAUGUUUUAACAACAACUUGUGUUUACGACACCAGAAAACGUGACAAAAUGACACUUGGCGGUUAUGGAAUCGCAGAUGAAAUGUGUGUCAAUUACAUUUAUUAUUACCCCGCGUCAAAUGUUGAAGUUUGCAAAUCGGCCAUCUCAAAUACCACACUUCGUCAAUAUUUUAGACAAAGGUUUUAGACAUUUUUUCUUUCACAGAAGUUUAAAAAAUCUCCAAAUUUUUAUUAGAUAUCAAGAAACAAAUCCAUCGACUCCAAUCUCACAAUUGUAUGCAAAUGUUGAUUGGACUCCAUCAAGAGCAGAAGAGCUUUUCAAUUUGUAUUCUGUCGGAAAUUUGAAGAUGGAUUGUUUGCAAUCGCAUGGUGAUCGAUUCCCAUUCAUUUCUGAUGACAAGGUACAUAUUUCUUAUAUGAGAAUUUUUCAUAUAAAAACAAUUCAUUUUUUUUUCAGAGACAAAGUUGGAACAACAUGGCGAAACCAAGAUUCCACAGUAAUCCAACUGUUGAGACUCGCGAUCCAUAUGAGUGUCCAGCUAUGAAUGACCUGGUCAAUUUUGAUUGA